AUAAUUUCCAGGGGAGUGGCGUAUCUCCAUUCUUUGAAACCCAAACCUUUAAUUCAUCGAGAUCUGAAGUCUCCUAACCUUCUUCUAGUCAACCAUGGGCUUACUCUAAAGAUUUGCGACUUCGGUACGGCUUGCGACAAGUCGACAGUAAUGACUAACAUGAAAGGAAGCGCUGCCUGGAUGGCUCCGGAAGUAUUUGAAGGAAACACAUAUUCAGAGAAGUGUGACGUGUUCAGCUGGGGGAUUAUUCUCUGGGAGAUGUUAACGCGUCGUCUUCCUUUUGAAGAAAUCGGUGGAAAUGAUCUCCGAGUACUGUGGGCCAUCCACACUGACCAGCGGCCCCCACCAAUAUCAGGCUGCCCCCCUCCUCUAGAGCAGUUAAUGACCGUUUGCUGGAGCAAAGAUGUGACAGUACGACCUAGUAUGGCGAGUAUUUAUGAAGAAAUGAACUCAAUUCUUCCAUUCUUUCCAGGAUCCACUGAUCCGAUCCUCUUCUCAGAACCCGAAAUUGACCAGGAUACUCUGGGAAGUGAGAGUUUGGCCAGUUUCAAUACAGCUGAGGACAGCAGCCAGGUCAGCCUAACUGUUUCAGAUCAAAACCCGGAGAUUUUAGCUCUAGCUGUACAUACUGUACAUAAUAUUGCAUCCAACCCUGCAGAGCCAUCUAGCGGCGAAAUAAACCAUAAAAACUCAAAUAGUGACUUGAGACCUACUAACCAGUUUAACGUGCCUAACAUCAACCAGUGUCUUGAAUCUGGAUUCAACAAUCAUGGUUCCGCUGACACUCCUAAACUUGUAAUCAGCAUUCCAGGAAGAAACUUAAAUGCGGGAGAAAAACCUCAGGGAUAUUGGACUCCACCGGAGGAUGAUUUUGAAAUGAACCUGCCACAGAUGAAUCCAAAUGCACUCAUUGGGGCACCACCUGAGUUGCUUAGAAGGGGACCUCAAAGUUCGAGGGGGUAUUUGCCCCCAAUUGACAGGGGUUAUCUUCCCCCUGCAGUCCCUGCUAGAGGAGGUUUCCCUGCGGAAUGGUUGGAAGCUUCUUCUUCAGACAAGGAUCAAAGGGUUGAGUUUGAUCUGACCGCAGCGCUUUCAAACUUAAAUAUGACUGACCGAGCUAAUCUAGUCAUUGGAGAUAGAGGCUAUAAUGAUUUGGGUGGAGAUAAUCAGGAGAGAAUUUACAGAUCGGAAGGCGCCUAUGGAACGGGUCAAAGUGAUGGCUCUCAAAUUUCAAG